UGCUUCCACUAAGCAGAUAGUCUAGUCUAGUCCAUCAAUUUUCUUGAUUCUUAGGCGAAAGCUGAUAUCCGAAGGAUUGUCAUGACAUUAAUUGAUGUGAUAUGAUCAUUUCGACGGUUCAACCCCGAGAGAGCCUGCUUACGGUUUCUAUUCUGCUGUUCGGCCCUCACAGAGGAGUAGAAUGAGUGACCUUUACGGCUCAGUCCCUCCAGCCUCUCGUUCAGCUUGUUGAUUUGUGUUUAUUCUUGUGCAAUUUCUUUUUCGUGUGGCUCCAAGGCCUUUCCUUGGUGUCUCGUGAUCGCAUCAUUAUUCCUGUCACUCUUUUAUUCCUCUUGUUGAGAUUUUGAUUUUUCUUAUCUGAGUUGCGUCGCCUCACCGUCGCUAUCAGUUGCCUGCCAUGUUUCGAGCCCGUCGCUAUCGAGUCUCGCUGGUUUUUGCAGUCAUCUUCGUGCUGAUCUUCCUUCAUUUCUCCCGAUCCCGCGAUACAUCUGCGAGUACCGUGAGCAUCCCCGCGCCUGUCGAUCAGCCGAAGACGUACCCUCAGAGACCACCCCCUGUUACUCCCGACAACAAAGAACCCAUCGCACCCGAAUCUCCCUCCUCCAAUGAGCCAACCUCCGAGUCAGUCUCUACUCCGGCUCAGCAAGUCGAGAAGCCCGCUGCUCCCGACUCAAAACCCCCGCAGGAUCUAGAGUCCGGUGCGCAUAGACAAGCGUCGUCCAAAGAUGGUUCGGUCGCCGGUCAGACCACAACAUCAUCCGGUGACAAUGGAUCUGCCAAGGGAGACGGUUUAGAAGUUCCCCCCUACCAAUUGGACUACCACGGCCACGCACGGGUCGAGGUGGACCUUCCCGAAACGAACCGGCCUGCCGUGCACUGGAAGCAGGUGCAGGAACAUUACCCUCUGGCGCCUGAAAACCUCAUCAAAUUGCCCACCGGUAAAUCCAAGGCACUGCCGAGAGUGCAGGCUGUUUUUAGAGACGAGACGACCUCCGACAAGAUACAGCGGGUGCAGCGGUUGUCGACCAUCAAGGCGGCCUUUGAACAUGCCUGGAAUGGAUACAAGACUUCUGCGAUGGGACAUGACGAGAUCAAACCUCUGCGGGGCGGGUUCAGAGACCCGUUCAUGGGAUGGGCAGCCACGCUUGUGGAUUCAUUGGAUACGCUUUGGAUCAUGGACCUUAAGGACGAGUUCGCCAUUGCCGUUGAUCAGGUGAAGAAGAUCGACUUCACAACUAGCAAGAGGGACGAGAUUCCUGUCUUUGAAACGGUCAUCCGCUAUCUUGGAGGAUUGCUCGGCGCUUAUGAUAUUUCGGGUCACAAAUACGACGUACUCCUCGAGAAAGCCGUUGAGCUGGCGGACAUCGUGAUUGGUGCGUUUGACACGCCUAAUCGCAUGCCGACCAUGUUCUACAAAUGGGCCCCGCACGACGCUGCUAAACCUCAUCUUGCUGAUUUUGAAACGACCCUUGCGGAAAUAGGCUCGCUGUCUGUCGAGUUCACUCGACUGGCACAAUUAACUAAGCAAGACAAGUACUACGAUGCCAUUGCACGGAUUACCAACGAGCUCGAGAAACUGCAGGGUCAAACCAUGCUUCCUGGUCUGUGGCCGCUCAAAAUCGAUGCUUCUGGUUGCAGGACCGCCGCCUCACAGCUCAAUCACGAGGUCCCUCGCAAUGGCAUAGUUGAUACCGAGCCGUCUGCCUUAUCUCCUACACCUGUGCAAACGCCCCCAUUCUCCUCUGCAUCUCCCUCCGCAUCGUCUUCCGCAUCUUCUUCCACGCCUCCUGUACUUUCCGCCACAUAUACACCUCCCCUAGCGCAAAACGGAGGGCCGUUGCCUACAGACGCACAGAGCUACGCCAAAUUCUUUGAUCGGCGCGAUGGUGGUAGCUUACAUAUCGACGCGGAGCCGGCGAACUAUGACGACGCCCCGAAUGAAGGCGCGAAUUCUGCAAUUCCUACUAACUCCGGUGAUAAGGCCUGCACAGGAGGUCUCGCCGCGCCGCCGUUCCCGAAACACAAGUUCGGGCUCGGAGCCCGCGGCGAUUCAACCUAUGAGUACCUUCCCAAGGAGUACAUACUCUUGGGCGGUCUCAACGAGCAAUACCCCGCAAUGUAUAAGAAAGCCAUGAACGCAACGCGCGAGCAUCUCCUCUUUCAGCCUAUGGUUAAAGACGAGCGUGAUAUCCGAUUUUUGAGCACCAUGACCCUGACGCACCCUAUCACAGAACAGGCCCCUGACAGUGUCUCUGUGACUUACGAAGGAACUCAUCUGGGCUGCUUUGCGGGUGGGAUGCUUGCUCUUGGUGCUAGGCUAUUUGGUAUCGAAGGGGAUCUGGACCUCGCUGCUAAACUGACCAAUGCGUGUGUUUGGGCUUAUGGGGUCACCAAAACGGGCGUCAUGCCCGAACACUUCUUGCUUAUUCCCUGCAAAAAGGGCGAGCCGUGUGUCUGGAACGAGACCGAGUACUGGAAUGCACUCGACCCUAACAAAGAACAGCGGAUCGCGGACGCAGAAAAAGCCAUCGAGCAGAAAUCGAAGGAGAGCGACUCGACUAAGCAAUCUACUACAAACAGUAUUCGUAGACGUGACACACCAGGAAAAUGGCACGUCAUCGCUGAUUCGGCAAAUACGGACGACCUGAUCAACCAUGACGAAGAUGAAAUCAAGAAGCAAGAUGCCAAGGAUAAAGCUGUCCCUCAUGAAGUAUAUGUCACCCAGCGAAUCAUGAACGAACGCCUACCGCCAGGCGUUACUCGCAUUCUGAACCGCGCAUACCUCCUUCGUCCGGAGGCCAUCGAGUCCGUAUUCUACAUGUUCCGCAUAACAGGCGACAACUACUGGAGAGAAAAGGGAUGGGAGAUGUUCCAAGCUGUGUCCAAGUACACCCGCACCGAGAUCGCACAUUCUGCUAUCAACGAUGUCACCCUUGAAAAGUCCAAGAUGCGGGACACCAUGGAGUCAUUCUGGCUUGCGGAGACGCUGAAAUACUUCUAUCUUCUCUUUGCCGACCCGAGCGUGGUCAGUCUUGACGACUAUGUUCUCAACACCGAAGCUCAUCCUUUGAAACGUCCGGCCUAUUAGCGGCCUUUCCUUUUUUCCUUUUUAGGGUAUAUAUUUCCCUUCAUGUGUAUUCUUUUUUGAUGUAGAAGUAUCGAUACCAUCUCCAAAGUACAUGACGUUUUCUUUCCAGUGGCUGGCUUGUCACGGCCUCGUUAUGUUUUCUUCUUCGCCCAUUACCAUUACUGCACCCGUUUAAUGUUUGACUUAAUGUGUACAUAUAUGGCUGGAAGACUGCCAAAUGAAAGUGAUCACGAAUCAUAAUGAGCGUGGUGGCUCUGAUAACCCGAUCUACGAGGAAAGCAUUGAGGAAAUGACAAUUGAAGAAGUCGUAAAG